GAUUUAUAUUACUUGAAUUACCAAAUGAAUUAGAUGGAAUUCAUGAAAUUCUACGUACAACACCAAUAAAUAGUAUAAUAAAAACUGUUGGAUUACGUAUGUAUUUAUCAUCAGAUCAAAAUGAAUUUAUUGUUGAAAUACGUAGUCAAUAUUUAACUUAUAAAUAUUCAAUAAAACGUAAUUUUAUACAACAACCUGGUAAAUGGAUAAAUAUGCAAAUAUUUUAUUAUCAAAAUCAUCCAUUAACAAUACGUGUUGAUGGUAAUACAAAUACAUCUAUUGAAAAUGGAACAAUUAUUAAUGAAGUAAAUGUUAAGUUAUCAACUGAUGUAAGAUUAAAACAAAAUUUGAUGAUUGGACGAGGUUUAAAAAUGUGUAUAAGCUCAAUGACAUUAUAUGAUAUGUCAAGUGAAAAUAAUUUUGAUUUAUUAGCCAACACAGCUAAUUCACAAAUAUGUUAUACAAAUAUGGAUAUAUUUGAACCAUUACAAGGAUUAAUAAAUGAUUAUAAAAAUCGUACAAAUUCUGCAUCUAGAUUAGAAAAUUUUAUUAGACCAUUAUCAUUUCCAUCGGCAUCUUGUAUUCAAUAUCCAGAUAUAUGUAGCAAGAACGGUAUGACUAUGUCAAUGUGGAUAAUGAUUAAUGGAUUUGUCAAUGAAUAUGGAGAAAAUCUUGAUGUGAAGAACAAUGAAAGCCUGACUGCAAUAAUUUUGUCUACUGGUCCACCCAAUAAUUCUGGAAUUUUAAUUCAAGUCAGCGGUCAAUUAGAAAAUGAGGAAUUGAAACUGUCGUUAAAAACUAGUAUUUACACUCGAAAUUAUUUAUGGCUAGUUGAUUCAAACAAUGCAUUGGAAUUAGGUCAAUGGACAAAUAUAGCAUUUAGUUGGUUUAGUCAACCAGAAGAUAACAGUGGUUCACUUAGAAUUUAUAUCAAUGGUUUACUUAAACAAUCUUCAACAAUACCGACUUCUGUGUUGAAUAUGAACACAGAGUUAAAUGAUACUUCUAAAGUAUUUAUUGGUUCUGCAUAUUACAAUUGGAACAAAAAUACAACUGAUUCAGUUAAUAAAGUAUUUGCCACCGGAGGCAUUGCAAAUUUAGCAUAUUGGGAAAGCAAAAAUGUUAUCAGUUGUUCAAAGCCUAGAAAAACAAAAAAUUCUUACUUGGAGAUUGUGAAAGUGAUAAUGACAUACCAGAAACAGUUACAUGCGUUAUGAUGCAAGGUUGUAGACAAGUUGACGGUCUCGUGUGUAUGGAUGAAACACUAUCAAAUCUUAUUCGAAUGGCAAAUCAAGCAAAUAAACUUAUUUAUCCAUCAGAUUUUAUGAAAGUUUUACAAAUAAGUAUAGAACUUUUGACGAUGUAUAACCCUUAUGAAACUAUUUCCAAUAAUAGUAAUAAUAAUAAUAAUGAUCAAAACAAUGAUAUAUCAUUUGCUUUAAAUGUUUUAUCAUCUACAAUGAAUAUAAUACAUUCAUGGUUUAAAACAAUUGAAACAUUUACAAAUACUAUAGAUCAAUCAAUAAUUAAUGAAAUUAAUUCAAUAAAACAAAAUAUUCAUUACAUAAUAAUCAAUUUAAUAAAUCAAUUAUUAUCAUCAAAGUUUAAACCAAUAUGGUUACAAUUAUUACAAGAUGACAUCAUUAAAUAUAAUAAAUUAUUACCUGAAUUAAAUAGAAUAUUUUUAUUUAUUUCAAAUAUCAAUGAAUAUAGUCAAUUAAAUUCAUGUUAUACAUUGAGAAAAUUAAGAAAUAUGAAUGUAGCUAGUUAUUCAUUAAGUUUCCAAUUGAAUAAUACUAAUACUAAUAAUAAUGGUGAUAAUAAUUGUUUAUUGGAUAAUAAGAAUCCUUUAAUGUUAAAUAUAUCCCAUUUAACAAAUUCAGGCAAUGAAAUUUAUCAUUCUCAAUUUAAAAUUAAAACUAAUCUUAAUGAUGAUCAACAGAAUAUACAACUGAAUGGAGCUUUGACAAUUUUAACUAUUUUAAGUAAUAAUAAUGAAAACUUGAAGAUUGCUGAUAUUCCAUUAGAUAAAUUUAGUACUAAUACACAAUAUCAACAGAAUUAUAUUGCUAAUGAACAGAAAACGUUAUAUAAGAAUAAUACUUUACAAUCGAAUACACCACUUUUAUUUUUUAUUGCAAGUCCAUUGUAUUCUGUUGAAUUUUAUGCAGAAAAUCAGUUAUAUAAGACACUAAGCAAUAGUGUUAAUAGUAAUAUGACAAUUCAACUCAAUUAUACAGUACCAUUAUUACAUUUGAAUAAAUAUCAAAGUGUUUAUUAUUAUGAAACAACUUGGCGUAUGAAAUGGAUGGCAUAUAACUCUGAAAAAUAUAAUGAAGGAGUAUUAGCCAAUCAAAUACGUUGUGUAUAUUGGGAUGAUCAGUUAGAUAUAAAUGGUGCAUGGAAUACAGAUGGUUGUCAAAUUAUUAAAUCUACUAAAACACAUGUGCAAUGUUCAUGUAAUCAUUUAAGUCUAUUCGCUGUAGCAAUGGAAUCAGAAGAUGCACCUUAUAGAAGUGUGCCAAUAUGGAAAGCAUGGGGUACAAAAUCAGAAUCAGAAUGUACCAUGUUGAUGAAUAUUAUUAUUUUUGGAGGGAAUGGUCUGUCGUUGACAUGUUCAAUAAUAUUUCUUCUUACUUUGAUCACUGUAUGGAAGAAGGCUAGUAUACCAGAUAUCUGUUUGACACGUAUGGGUUUAUGUUUUUGUCAAAUAGGAUUUCAUGCUACUUUAUUGAUUGAACCAUUAAUGAACCAAUAUCAAAUACCAUGUCAAGCUAUUGGUGUAUCAUUAAAUCUAUUUGCUAUACUUGUAUCAAGUUGGCUUUCAAACGAAGCGAUAAGUCUAUUCAAAAGUUUUGUAUUAGGUCAAUUAAAAUUAACUUAUUGUUGGACAUGGAUUACAGGUAUUGUUAUACCAGUUUCAUUAGUUUUAAUACCGGCAGUUAUAUCGAAGUUAAACUCACACGGUGGUGAUUUACUAUGUUUACCAGCAAAUGAAUCAUUAGAAUUUUGGAUUAUGUUCGGUUCAAUGUUUGCUUAUACAAUUAUUAAUUUAAUUGUAUGUUUUACGUUAACAUGCAAUCUAGAAACACCAGCAUUUUUACCGCCAAAGAUACUUGAUAGACUAUUCACACGUGUGAAGAAACUGAAUUCAUUAUUAUUGUACUAUCUCAUAACUUGGAGUCUACUUUUGUUGUAAUACAAGUGACAAUACCGUAUGUAGUUUUUAUUGCAUUCGCCCUUGUCUCUUUACAGGGAACAUGGAGUUUUGUUAUUUAUGGUUUAGAAGACAGAGAAUUGUUUAAAGCUUGUCUACGAAAUGUGCAAAACCAACAAGAAAGUGACAAUAUUUUAGAAACUAAUAAACUGUCAACAGAUCCUGUCAUAAAGAAUAUGGAAAAAGAUGAAUUAUACAUAACUAAUCAGUCUACUCAUCAAGAUAACAGUACUGCUGUGAAUCAACAAGAUCAAGAUACUAAGAAAGAUGCACGAAUUCUUCAAAGAAACAAAAGCAAUAAGAAGGAUAUUUAAUAAAUGUCAGUUCUAAUUAACCCCAUAUAUGUAAGUUAUCAAUUAAUUGAAUACAAAGAAAAUAAUGAAAUACUGUAAAGUAUCACUUCUUUUUUGGAUUAACUACUUGUAUCACUAUUUGAUGUUGUUAAAAACUUCAUGUCCGUAAAUACUGAUUUAUCCAGAAUGGGAUUGUUUUUAUUACUUAUUUUCAGAAGCAUAUAAAACCUAUUUAAUAAAUUGUAAUUCAUGAUUAAAUCC